AUGUCGAGCCCAGCACUCCUCUCCGAAAGCGCUCUGCGGGGCAUCCUGCAGCGCGUGCCGGGCGUCUGGUUGCUGCUUACAUGCGGUCUUGCGCUUUUUGGGCCAUUCUACGCACCAACGCUAUUUUCCUCGGUCUUCCUCAUCCUCAACGGUUUCUUUGUCUGCAACACCGUCAGAACAGCCUGGGGAGUCUACCGGGUCUAUCGGGCGUCCAGGUUGCACUCGUCCACCAACUGGUACGAACGAUACUGCCGGGAAACCUCCAUCGAUACCAAGCGCGCCGAUUUGGUGUUUGAGCAGAUCCGCCACGUUAUCAUCCUGCCGAACUACUGCGAGGAUAUUGAGACCCUGAAGGAGACGCUCUCGAUUUUGGCGAGUCAUUCGCUCGCCCGCAUGCAGUAUCAGGCAAGUGUUUGUCUGGCGAUGGAAGGCGCCGAGCAAGGCUGCCUGAAGAAGGCUGAGUACUUGAUUCUCAAGUUCCACUCGUCCUUCCGUGAAAUAUGCUAUACAAUGCAUCCAGCCAUGCUUCCGGGCGAAAUCCGUGGAAAGUCGAGCAAUGUUUCGUGGGCCUCACGACGUAUGGCCGAAAAGUUCACCGAAGGCACCGACCACGUCAUCAUCACCAUAAUGGAUGCCGACACAUGCUUUGCCGAAGACUACUUCACCGCCCUCACGUAUCACUAUGCUGUUGCGCCAAAAGAUCGGCGAGACAGGAUGAUGUUUGCGACAAGCAUAAUAUUCGAUAGAAAUGCAGGUAGUGUGCCCUUGAUCGUCCGGACAUCCGACAACAUAUGGGCAACGGCCGUGAUGUCGAAUCUGUACGAGGCCUCAUCUGUCAAGGUCCCAUGUUCGGCGUACUCGGUGUCGAUGAACCUUGCGAGACGCUCGGGUUUCUGGGACCCAGGACCAGAGGCCAUUGGCGAAGAUAUGCAUAUGUUUCUCAAGUGCUUCUUUGCCACGGGCGGCCAGCUCCACGUUCAGCCCAUCUACUCGCCGGCGUCACAGUGCAACGUUCAGGGAGCGAGCUAUCUCGGCACCAUGUUCGCCCGCUACGGCCAGGGAAAGCGCCAUCUCUGGGGAUCGCUCGAUACGGGAUACACCCUGCGUCGUGCUAUUUCGUGGCUUCUCAACCAGCAGCAGUCAUCCGAAGAGCUCGCGCACGACAAGCUCAAAGAUCCGUCCCACGAAUCGCUUUCGAUGGCCAAGCUACUUGUACUUCUACAUCGAGUCCUCGAGGCGCACGUCUUGAUGACCCACACGAUCCUGAUGGUGUUCAUCACCACAGUCACGAUUCCAUCGGGCCCCAAAAGCAUUGGUAGCUUUGUGAUGCCGCUGCUCUUUGAUCGUUCGCUGCACCCGUACGUCGAGCAGUCGAUUGCAGUUGCCGGUUGGAUGCGACUGGUUGCCACCGUGCCUUUCAUCUGCACGCUGGUCUGCUUUGAAAAGUACCACCACUGGGUCGGGAUAGCCAGAUGGCAGUCCGAUUUCAUCAACGUCCAUAUCCAGAAUGGGGCACCAAAACUGGGCAAGCGACCGCGCCUGUCGUCCUCUCGCUGUUUCUGGAAUGCGCUCGAAUGGAUCUUUCUCCCGAUCUGCGCCGUCCUGUACAUAAUCAUGCCGACCAUUCAAGCCCAGAUUUCGCACUUCUGGACUGAUAGUCUGGACUAUUGCGUGGCCUCCAAGCCAAUACUCACGCCACAGACGAGCAACCACAUCAGCAUCGCAAUGUCGGCGGCCGUGCCCGACUCCCCAAUGCUUGGACUCAACAAAGCCGUCGAGCCUGUGUGGGAAUCGACUGAGCCUCGUGGAUCAGUCGCACCGGCACCGUCGACCAAGAAAACAGACGACUGCGCGAUACCUCAGUCUUUGAAAGGUCUGCACGCCCAACGGAAUUGA